AUGGACCCUGAGCAUCGAAAGGAGGACGGAGACACGUCCGGCCACCCUCUUCCCGGCAUUGCCGCCUCUGGGUCGGGUGCAUCGGACGGGAUACGAUGGGCCUUCAACGCAGCGCAGCACCUGGCCCUUGCCAUCUCCUCCACCAAUCUCUGGGUUCCUUACACCCGUGCUCGCCGCCUCGCAUCAUCCAAUCCUUGCACCCCUGGGCCCACCGUCAGCGACCACAACAACGCCGCGUGCGCGGCUCAAGACACCGCCGCUGUCCGUACCGCCCAUCAAGACACUGUCGCCCGAUCUCCCCCCCUCGAAGCCAUCAGGACGCUCUUCCCCGCUCCAAGCGACGACGAGGAUCUGCCCUUGCAGGAUGGAGGUGGGGUCGAGUUGAGAGGGAAGAUCACUGCGUCGCGCAAAGGGGCGGGGUUGGCACGAUCAGCAAAUGCGGCGCGGCAGGCCCGGUUGUCCGCUAGUGCAGUUGCCAACGCCAACGCCGCCACAACCACCCGCGCCCCCCCCGCAUCCUCCUCUGGGCAAGCAAGGACGGGGUUGUCGCUCGAGGACGUGGACUCUUCAGGCGCUCUUUGGGACGCUGUUGGUGACCUCCCCUCUCCGGUCGGUAGUCCCCGUGCCCCGAGCCCUUCAACAAUCCAAGACCCGUUGCGAUCUAUCGAGCUGGCAGCCGAGACAGACGCGGCCGCGGACGAUCAGCAUGGCGUUGUCGCCGACAGCUCCUCAAAGGAUAGUCAACCGCGCAUAUCGGCAAUCGACGAGCAAACGAGCGGCGAGGAAAAGAGGGACGAGGAGAUGAGGGACGACGAAAUAAGGGACGACGAAAUGAACGACGAAGAUCCUCCGGGCAUGCAGUGGGCUGCGCAGUCGCCCCAACUCUUGCUCACCAGCCCACCGCCUCGUUCGAGCUUCGAAGAACAGGAAGCUUCCACCCAGCCUGCCCAAAGUUCUGGCACCCAAGACAACAACGCCCUGCCCCCGACCCCGACCCCGACCCCGCGAGCUCCUGCCACCGGCGCAGGGACCUCUGCGAACACCGAGGACGACGCAGGACUGGGAGAGGGUGUCAAGAAUCGUUCCCAAGAACAGCGGGAUCUCAUUUCGGAUGCUGCAGAGCAGAUCGGGCUCAUCGUGACGAAGACCGCCAAGCUUACGGGCUUCACUGAGAGCCAGCAAAAGAACCCUCCCUCGAGUGCUUGUACAGCACACGAUUCCACCAUUUCGUACCGAUUCCCAUCGUCGUCUGGGAGUCCGUCCCCUCCCCCCAUCAUACCAUCGUCGCCCGAUCUGGCGCAUCAAAACCAACCCGGGCCCUCCAACCCCUACCUCGCCCUCCCACCGCCUGAAGACGAGAUCCCCGACCUCGACGAACUGCCCUCCGAACAACCACCCUCGCCUCCACCUCACACGCCUGCCCCUACCAUGUCAGGGCAUCACCGCAUCACCCUCGCCGCCAACCCCCCCUACUUCGAUGGCGACAAGUCCAAAUACCUGGGCUUUGUGGACGCGUGCACCACUUACAUCGGUGCCUAUCGAUCGGAGUUCUCACAAGAUGAGACCAAAAUCCUCUUUGUCCUCUCCUACCUCCGUAACGAGAACGGCACGAGCUGCGCUGCCUCGAGAUGGGCGAUGAACUGGAAGCAGCACAACUUCGAUGGCUUCCAGGGACUGAAGGCAGGAGUCACAUCAAAGAACUUCCUGGAGGAGUUUCAGAGGGCGUUCGGGGACUCCAAUGCGGAACAAGUCGCCGCUGCUCGGCUUAUGGCCCUGCGUCAAAACAAACGGUCCUUCGCGGACUACAUCUCCGACUUUGAGAUGUUGGCCGCGGAUGCAGGCUACAAUGUGGUUGACACCACCGACGACAAAGGCGAAUACAAGAAGGGGGACCAGGAUAAUAUCCUCAUCGAGUUCCUGGAGCGCGGACUCAGCAGCGAGAUCGCCAGCCGUCUCUACAACACCGGUGUCCCUCUGCCCAAGGCCUAUGGAGCGUUCAAAGCCUGGUGCAUCAACAUCGAAGCCAAUGCUCUGCGUGACCAGCUGCGCAAAGCGUCGUAUGGGCACCCCACACAACGACCACCUCCCCAGUUCCGUCCCCAAACGGCACCAGUGGCGCCCACACCCGCUCCGGCCCGACCCGCUGCCAACGAACCGGUUCCGAUGGAAAUCGAUCGUACCCACGCCCGCGGCCGCAAUAUCAUCUGCUACAACUGUCAGCAGCCCGGGCACAUUGCGCGGAACUGCCCGGAGCCCAAGAAGAAGCGCACGUUCUUCAAUCGGGCCACAAUGCUGGAAGAAAUCGAGAACGGGGACAAGGACAACGAGUUCCUGAAGGAGAUUGCCGAGAAGCUGCGCGAGAAGGGUUUUUGA